AAUGUAUUAUAUAACACACUAAUUGCAGCUUAUCUUCCCCAGCUAGAACUCAGCCAUGUCAGCGGCCAUGUUCAUAAUCCUCAUACCAAUUAUACUACUCUCCUUCAAUGCAAGAUUUGUUGAAGCACAGACUGGGCAUCUUCCUCAAGAUGAAUUCGAUGCACUUGGGGAAAUAGCUAAACAACUGGUCAAGAAGGAUUGGAAUUUUAGUGUAAAUCCUUGUGACAACAACUCAAACUGGAUGACACCACAAAGGAAUGAUAUGCCUCUGUACAAUAAUUCCCUCACUUGCGAUUGUAGUUUCGCUGGUGGUGUUUGCCAUGUGCAAAGCAUAGUUUUAAGUGGACAGGAUCUGCAAGGUGUCCUUCCUCCUUCCUUGGUGAAGUUACCCUUUCUCAAGACAAUUGAUCUCACCCGCAACUAUUUAAGUGGUACAAUUCCCCCUGAAUGGGCUUCUACCAAAUUGGAAUAUAUCUCUGUUAGGGUGAAUCGAUUGUCCGGGCCAAUUCCAAAAUACUUGGGAAAUAUAUCCACUCUUGUAUUUUUAGACUUGGAGAGCAAUAUGUUCAAUGGAACCGUUCCACCAGAGCUUGGGAAACUUUCCAACUUACAGAAUCUCAUUCUUAAUGCUAAUUAUCUCACGGGUGAAUUGCCAAAAGAACUUAAUGCUCUCACAAAUUUGACAAAGCUCAGACUGAGCAGUAAUAACUUCACUGGGGAACUGCCUAGCUUUCAAACUUUCAAAAACCUUCAACAACUAGAGGUUCAAGCAAGUGGUUUUGAAGGACCUAUACCUGAAAAUGUUUCCGUACUGACAAGCUUGACAGAACUUAGAAUCAGUGACCUUAAUGGAGGCGUCUCCCGUUUUCCUACAUUAAACGGCAUGACAAACAUGACAAAUUUGAUGUUGAGGAGGUGUAAUAUUAAUGGGAAGAUACCUAACAUAGGUUAUAUGGAAAGCUUGAAAUAUCUAGAUUUGAGUUUCAAUAAUUUAGAAGGAGGGAUUGAUGGUCUUCAAGGUCUUGAUAACGUGCAAUUCAUGUAUCUCACCAAUAACUCAUUUAGAGGACCGAUUCCUCAGUGGUUUCUUAGUCAAAAUUCCAAACAUGACAUAGAUCUUUCCUACAAUAAUUUUGAUGAGAGCUCAGUGCCAACAAAUUGUCGGGAAAACUUAAAUUUGUUCAAAAGCUAUAAGAAAGGAGAAAGCAAUUCAGAUGCUGCAAAGUGUUUACAACAAUGUACAAAGGAUUGGUAUUCAUUUCACAUCAAUUGUGGUGGGGGCAUUGUUUUGAUUGGUGACACUACAUAUGAAGCAGAUGAAGAUUCUACAGGCUUCGCAAAAUUUGUUCCCAAGGCCACUAAAGAGAAUUGGGCAACCAGUAGUACAGGGGUCUUCUGGGAUAGAAAUAGAACACUAGAUGACUAUACAGCAACAAGUAAUAUAUCUGACGUUCCUGAAAUCUACAACACAGCUCGCUUGUCUCCUUUAUCUCUAACUUAUUAUGGGCGAUGCUUAGCAAAUGGAAACUAUACGGUGAAACUUCAUUUUGCUGAAAUAGUUAUCAGAGAUAAUAGAUCUUUUCAAAGUCUUGGAAGACGCAUAUUCGAUGUUUAUAUGCAGGGUGAAAUGAAACUAAAGGAUUUUGAAAUUAAAACUGAAGCGCAAGGAGUUGAUAAAGCCUUGGUUAAAGAAUUUCAAACAAUUGUCAGAGAUAAAACUUUAGAGGUGCGCUUUGUAUAUGCUGGGAAAGGAACAAGAGCAGCCCCACAUCGAGGAACAUAUGGACCUUUAAUAUCUGCCAUUUCUGUGGAAUUUGCCAAUUCUGUAGAUUUUAAACCUCCCAAAAAGCGAAAGACUUUAAUCAUAGUUGGUGCAGUAACGUCUUCUUUGUUUCUUACUUUCACAAUUCUAUGCUUUGCUUGGUGGAAGAUCUCCAUAAGAAAGAAGACCUCACCUCGAAAGGAACUACGAAAUUUUGAUCUACGAAUAGGACUGUUUUCCUUCACACAAAUUAGAGUCGCUACAAACAAUUUUGAUGCUUCAAAUAAGAUUGGGGAAGGUGGCUUUGGGCCUGUCUACAAGGGUACAUUAUUGGAUGGUACAGUUAUUGCUGUAAAACAACUCUCAUCCAAAUCAAGUCAAGGAAAUCGCGAAUUUUUGAAUGAAAUAGGCAUGAUUUCUUGUUUGCAACAUCCUAAUCUUGUGAAACUUUAUGGGUGUUGUGUUGAGGGAAAGCAAUUGCUGCUGGUGUACGAGUACAUGGAAAACAAUAGCCUUGCUCAUGCUCUUUUUGGUUUAGAAGAGUGUCAACUGAUGAAAAUAUGCUGGCCUUUCCGACAAAGAAUCUGUCUCGGUAUUGCAAAAGGUUUAGCUUUUUUGCAUGAAGAAUCAGCAAUAAAGAUUGUUCAUAGAGACAUAAAAGCCACCAAUGUGCUUCUUGACAAAGAACUCAAUCCAAAAAUUUCUGAUUUUGGCCUUGCUAAACUUAACGAUGAUGGGAAUACACAUAUUAGCACAAGAGUUGCAGGGACAAUAGGAUACAUGGCUCCUGAAUAUGCAAUGUGGGACUACUUAACAUACAAAGCAGAUGUCUAUAGUUUCGGUGUAGUGGCACUAGAAAUUGUUGCAGGGAAGAGCAACAUGAAGUAUCGUCCUGAUGAGAAAUUUAUUUGCAUCCUUGAUUGGGCACUUGAUCUUCAGAAAAAGGGGAACCUAAUGGAGCUAAUUGAUCCAAAAUUGGGUUCUGAUUUUGACAAAGAAGAAGCACUCAGAAUGACCAGAGUGGCUCUGCUUUGUACUAAUCCUUCACCAGUCCUAAGGCCAUCCAUGUCUGAAGUAGUCAGAAUGCUUGAAGACCAUGAUGAUAUUCUUGAGUACAAAUCCGAUCUACAUGAAUUCAACUUUCAAGCAAUAAGAAAUCAUUAUGAUGAAAUGCUAGUUAAUUCAAGCGAUUCUCCAAACAUCUCAGAGUGCACAUAUCUAAAUAUGGAAUUACAAUAGUCCGUGGUGUUAGAAAAUAUUGGUUUUUGGUGUAAAAAAAGUCAAGGAAAAACAAGAUUCAAUAAUUUUGUGUAUCAAAUACACUUUCAACAAGUUUUAAAUCAUUUUGUAUGUGCAAUUUGGGUCUUAUAGUAAAACUUGUGAGAUACAAAAAACUUAUAAAUUAAUCAGGUUACAACGAGAUAA